AACCAACCAAUCAUUGUAAUUUGUUAGUGACAUAAAUGCACAUGGCACUCUUUAGAAGGACCUGAAUUGGACAUUUUACAUUUUCAUCAGAAUUGAGAUUUAUCUAACAACUGAGAAGACCUUCGUCAUUCUGAAGAUUUUAUUCUUCAGAGAAGACGUUCAAAUUCAAAGAUGGGUCGUGCAGUCUUCCUGCUGUUGACCUUUGCCAUUUGCGCCUACCUAGGUCAAGGUGAAAAUGAUGCAAGUGUUCAAAUUGGAAUGCUCGCCAGACAGCUGAUGCUACAACAGUUCUUUGUAGAGGAGCGAAUCCGUUCUGAGGGUCAUUCUGGUAUCAAGCAAACACGUUACAUGGCAACUGGAACAAAAUCGUACUACUCGAACACCCAUGUGCACACUGGGGGUGUAGGAGCAAUUCAUGAACAUGCAAACAAUCAGCGUACUGUCGGAAUGGGAGAAUUCACUGUUGUUAUGAAUGGUGUUGAAUUCAGGACACGACAUAAUGAUUACAGUCUGAGUAUGCCUAAUCCAGACUCAACCGCUUAUAAUGAUAUCGUGGACAUUCCAUUUCCCGAGGUACCUCCCGCUGUUUUAACGAAACCUGAUGUUGAAUCCCAAAGUGAGGAGCUCCGUGAAUGGUUCAAGGCAUGGAGAGAUAACGACUUUUCAGUGAGGGAUUUCCGUCCAUAUUUCAAACCAGUUUUAUGCUACCUGGAGGGAGGAUGGACAACAUCAACAAGUGAUAAAAUUGAUGAGCCAUUUACAAGUGACCGCCAUUUUAUUGACGCCCAAAAAUGGAGUGAACUGAUGGAGAAAGUAAGGUAUACAUCUUACACUGGUUCUAAAAGUCGUUUGGAAAACUUUGCUUAUCUUCCAGUUACAAUCAUGGAGGUUGCAAAUGGCACUACUCCUGUCUAUGCACAAUGGAACUAUCGUAUAAUGUGUCAUCCAAUCAAAAGACAUGUCCCUUUGCAUGCCUUCCACUUGGUUGACGACAUCAAAACCAGAAAGAUGCAACAGGAAAAAACUGAGAAACUUUCCAUGUCAAGGAAAGCUCGUUUUCAAAUCAACCAUAUACUGAGAGACAAAAACAGCUAUCGAGAUGAAGGUUCCAGAAGAUCGACCCUGCUUGAUGAGCUAAUGUAUGAGAUCCCUGGUAAAGAAAACUACCUUGGUAACAUAAAGGAUACCACUCUGGAUGGUAAUAUCGUCAAAAGAGAGGAUGGAUCACCGCUGAAUGCUGCCUACUAUCAUCGAUUCUUCAAAGUAGCUGAGAAAGAUGCUAUGGGAGAGGCACUACAUCGACGAGGAUAUUCUGAUGAUAAUCUAUUCAUGGCAAAAACGACGCAACCAAAGAUUGCAUCAAUGGAACAAACUGUUUGUAGAAGGCGUAAAUGUGUGACUGAAACGUCAAGGUGGACAUAUGCAUUUCCUUUGGAGAUAAUAUACCUUACACCCCUCAACUCAUGGAAUCCCUACAAACUUGAAUACAAAGGAGACUCGAAGUCAGAAGCUGGCAUGACUGUCACAGCUGGGAAAAGAAAUGGAAUACUGAAUGAAGCUAAGGCGUAUAAUGGUACCAACCGAAAACUCUAUUACAUCACACCAAAUGAGUUCUUCCAGAAUACACAGAUUGAGAAAACGAAUGCAGAUACAGCUAGAGGGAGCGUUGGAGUCUUAGAUGGUAAUGGUGUUAUGAGAAAAGUAAAGGCAGCUGGUACAAGAAUCUUUUUCCCAGAAAUCCCUGAUGUUGGCCGUUUACGACAACGCUAUCCCAUAAUGCCAAUCCAUGCUGAGGGAAGCACCAUCUAUAAGAACCUGGAGGCACUAACUGAUAUUGUCAUGGAUAUUCAAGAUAACAUGGAACUCCUCAGGAAACCACUCGUUAGUGAACCAUCUACACAUCCCAAAUAUGAAGGCAUUACUCUUGAACUCACUACAGCGACCAAUGAAUUUGUCGGCCCCCAUGUUCAUAUUGCUGAACUGACCGCUGAAGAUGUGGAAGACGCUAUGAAUGGUGAAAGGAUCGUGAAAGAAACAAGUGAGGCUGCAGGGCACACACAUUGGCUGAAGAUUGCGUAUAAAAAGGGGAAGUGGCUGGCGGUGGUGUGUGGCAAUGUACCUCAAUGUUGGGAUGGUCAUGGAAGAGAGAUGGAAGUCAUUGAAUAAUUCUUUUUUAGGGAAUGCAGAAAGGAAAGGACAACAAGAGACUAAGCUUGUAAUCGCGAAGGCAAAUAAUGGCUACCAGCUUUGUAGCUCAUUCAAAUAUCAACAAACCUACUGCGCAUCCCGAUAGCUAAAAGCUAUCGUGUCAAACACAAUCGCUGACCUAAAUAACAGGUUAAUCUGCCUAUUCAGUAGCAAGUAACAAUGACCUACAUAACAAUCUCUUCACUAAUUUAACCGAGUGGCUUUAUUAUAAUAGAUCAUUACAGUGACAUAAAAAAUCAUGCAAUCACUAUUUGUCGACUAAUGAGUUGUUCGUUAUUUCAACUUCAAAUUGAAGGGUAUAAUUUAUAAAAUUAAGGCACAUCUGGAAAAUAACAUUUUGGGAAAAAAUGCUAUAC